AUGGCAGAGAAUCAUUUCAAUGGUGUAACCAACAAAGACAUUACCAUCAAUCUACUGCAAACCCAGCUGGAUAUGUCUCUCAUACGGAAGGACUUACAAGACCAGUUGCGUGAGCUCCGACUGGGUGUUAAUCGAGACUUGGAUGCAAUGAAUCGUGAGGUCGAUGAUGUUUGUGUUGGUCAGCUAGAUAUCUUUAAUAUCCUUGCUGAUUUUAAGAAUCAUUUCUUUUCUCUGCAAGGGUCGUAUGUGAAGAUGGUCGUGGAGCACAACAAACGGGAAUACAUAGGGGAAGGGAAAGAGAAAUCAAAGAAAGGUGCAAGUGAUAAAGGGCAUGAGGUAAACGACGAUAGCGAUGAUGAGGUUAAAGACCAUCUGUGA